AUGCCCUCAAUUCUUAGUGACGCCGAUAAGGAAACCGUCAAGAGAAAUGUCCCCAAACCUGCAAACAAGAUCCUCGCCGUAGCUGUCGCGCGACUCUACGUUGCCUACCCUGAUGUCCAACGAUGGACAUAUACCGGUGUCCAGGGCGCUGCAGUGAUCUGCAAUGACCUAGUAGGACGAACUUUUUGGCUGAAGGUAGUCGAUGUUUCGGGCGUGAUAUGGGACCAAGAGAUCUAUGAGAACUUCUCUUAUAAUCAGGACAGGACAUUCUUUCACACAUUCGAACUAGAGGACUGCCCCGCCGGUCUGUCUUUCGCGGACGAGAAGGAGGCUAAGACCUUCAUCAAGAAGAUGCAGGAACGUGAGAAGCAUGCGAGUAAAGAAACCACCAAGACACCAUUCGCUUCUGCGAGGGGACACGGCCCUGCGCCUAUAACCAAUGGUAAAGGCCCGGGCCGAUCUAUCUUUGGAAGCUUGCUGCAUCGGUCGAACCAUCCCCCGAGUGCCACACCCUCCCCGGCUCCUGUGGCAUCAAUACCAGUCGCUCCUCCUCCUACCUUUCCUCCGAGUGUACCGCCAGCGAAGGGAGAUCUACCGUUCGAUAUCAAUGAUCCUGCGCAGAAGGGACUCUUGGAUGAGCUCCUACAAAUGGGAAUUACAGAAGAUCAGAUUGCGGAGAACUCGGAGUUUAUCAAGGCUUGGAUCGCCCAGAAACAAAGCGCGGCAGGCGAAUCUCCUGCCCCGACCGAAAACAACAAGCCUAGAGCGCCACCUCCACCUCCACCUUCAGCUGCUGCUCCGAAAGUGACUUCAAUCAGCCCCCAGGGUACUGGAGUCAGUUCAGCGAGCCGACGCGGUCCUCCGCCGCCUCCCCCAUCACGGAAAGCUCGAGCCGAGUCGGCCGAGGAAACGGUAUCACCUCCACCUCGUGAACCGUCACCACCCCCAGCCCCGACCCGGAUGUUCCGUGCUCCUCCUCCGAUCGCCGAUGCAGGCAAGUUUGCAGAGCCCGCUGGCCCUGCACUCCCGAGGCGGCCACGGGCAGCCUCUGGCGCUGCUCCUGGCCCGCCGCCGCCUCCUCGGCCUCCGAAGGAACCCAUGGAUGAUAACAAACAUCGAUUCGGAGUUCCUCCACCUUUCUCUGGGGAUCGUAAGGUCUCCGCUCCUCCCGCACCUCCGAGCCGCAGCCCUGUACCGCCUGGCCCGCCGCCGCCGCCGCCUCGUACAUCCAGCCCGGCAGCACCGCCUCAGCUUCCUCCUAAAGUCCCAAAUGUUCAUACCCCAUCUGGUCCACCGCCUCCACCUCCUCGAGCACCUGUCUCUCCACCCCCGGCGCCUUUACCUCCUCGCGCGGUGCCAUCUACUCCUGCAGCGCCUCCACCACCUCCACGUGGACCUACAUCACCUACAGCGAUACCAGGAGGCCCUCCACCCCCACCUCCAGGCCGCUCGGUUCCUGUAGUCCCACCACCACCGCCGCCUAGCCAAACCUCUUCUGCACCUAGUGGAUUACCGCCCCCUCCUCCACCCCCAGGACGUUCAGGGCCUGUCGUUCCACCACCGCCACCACCACCAGGUGGUUCUUCUGGAGGACCUCCCCCUCCUCCACCGCCAUCUGGUGGAGCGCCUCCCCCUCCUCCGCCUCCAUCUGGCGGAGCACCCCCUCCACUGCCCAAAACUGGCGGCGGUGGUGGACGAGACGAUCUCCUUGCAGCCAUCCGAGCCUCUGGUGGUCAGGGAGGAGGUGGCUUGCGGAAAGUCAAGGACUCCGAGAAACGGGACCGGAGUGGUGCAUUGGUGCCUGGAAGCGCCAACGAAACAUCUUCGGCGGCUCCUAGCUCUGGAGGCGGAGCGCAAGGUGGCUUGGCUGGUGCCCUUCAGGACGCUUUGAGUAAGAGAAAGCAGAGGGUCAGUGGAAGUGGUAAGUGUUCUCCAAAUUGA